AUGAAUCCUUAUGAUUGGAUUUCCUUGUUCAAUAUUGUUGCAAAGGAUGUUGUGAAGUAUGAGCCUAUCCAUCAAUUUUUCAGAAGUAUGAUACGUGCAUAUAUUCUUGAAGUUGCGAAGAUGGAUAUUGAAAUUGCAUCUGUUCUUAGAAGAAAGCCUAUUUUGAAGCCACUUCCUCCUCAAGCGAAUUUGGAAAAAUUCAAGUCUAGUUUUAUUGAAAAAGAUCAUUGGGGAGUGACUUACAAGAUGAAAGAAAAUGAAAUUGUGUUGCAUUGUAUGAUGUUCUUAAUAGAUAAGCAUUUGUUCUCUACAUCAACUUUGAAUCAAAUCCUUGCAAAAGACGAAGUGAAAAAGUCAAAUAAUGAAGGAGAUGUAAAGUGUGUUUCUAAUAUGAUUAAAUGGUGGAUUGUCAUUCAGAUGACUGUAUUUAAGACUAUUCCAAAGGUGUUCAAAGUUGAAAAGAAAGAGCAAGAAAAGACCACAACAACAACUUGA